GGGCGCGAGGGGCGGAGCGGAGCGCAGGAGAAGGCGGGGGAGGAGAGGCCCCCGGGACCGCGAGCGGCAGCUGGGGAGGGGGCCGCGGAGCCGGAGAGCGAGCAAAACAGCUGAUCUGAUUUUCCCUUAAAGCGAGAGAAAAUGGAAGUCGGGUAGCGGCGACUGCGGCGCUGCAGGCUGGCGGAGCGGAGCGGCGCGGCAGGUGAGACGGCGCUGGCCGCGGUGCUGCUGGCGGCGGCGGGGCCGGGGCCGCGGACGCGGAGGAGGCAGAGCCCUCAAGGGUUGUGGUCCCACACCAUCUACUGGGGCAACAAUGGGCCAUUUCCAGCAGGGACGGUGCAGCAUUGCCCUGGCUGCCUGAUUGCCACACCCCCCCAGAGAAUCACACUGUCUGAAAAGUGGAAGUGACAAAAGAGGAGCUCCACCAGCUAAGGCUCCAGUACGUGGAGAGAAGGAAGAAGGCAAUCUCCUAAUUGGUACCAUAUACAUCAGAUGGAUGGUUUCUAGCCUGCUUCCAAACCCCACCUCGGCUGAGUGUUGGGCAGCCCUUCUACAUGAUCCUAUGACUCUUGAUAUGGACGCAGUCCUGUCAGACUUUGUUCGGUCCACGGGGGCAGAACCUGGUCUGGCCAGAGACCUGCUGGAAGGCAAAAACUGGGACCUGACAGCCGCUCUGAGUGACUAUGAGCAGCUCCGACAGGUGCACACAGCCAACCUGCCACAUGUGUUCAACGAGGGCAGGUGUCCCAAGCAGCCAGAGCGAGAGCCACCGCAGCCCGGGCACAAGGUGGAACGGCCCUGCCUUCAGAGGCAGGACGACAUCGCCCAAGAAAAGCGACUUUCACGGGGAAUUUCCCACGCCAGCUCGGCUAUCGUCUCCCUGGCCAGGUCCCACGUGGCCAGUGAGUGCAACAAUGAGCAGUUCCCCCUGGAGAUGCCCAUCUACACAUUCCAGUUGCCGGAUCUGAGUGUGUACAGUGAAGACUUCAGGAGUUUCAUCGAACGGGACUUGAUCGAGCAGGCAACCAUGGUGGCUUUGGAGCAGGCAGGUCGCCUGAACUGGUGGUCCACCGUGUGCACGAGCUGUAAACGGCUUCUUCCUUUGGCCACUACAGGAGAUGGGAACUGCCUUUUACACGCCGCCUCUCUUGGAAUGUGGGGGUUUCACGACCGGGACCUGGUUUUGCGGAAAGCUCUCUACACCAUGAUGAGGACAGGGGCUGAAAGGGAAGCCCUAAAGCGAAGGUGGAGGUGGCAGCAGACACAGCAGAACAAGGAGUCAGGGCUGGUGUACACCGAGGAGGAAUGGGAGCGGGAGUGGACUGAGCUACUGAAAUUGGCAUCCAGCGAGCCACGCACGCACUUCAGCAAGAACGGUGGCACAGGCGGGGGUGUGGACAACUCUGAGGACCCCGUGUAUGAGAGUCUAGAGGAGUUCCAUGUGUUUGUCCUCGCCCACAUAUUAAGAAGACCAAUAGUUGUCGUAGCAGAUACGAUGUUGAGGGACUCAGGUGGAGAAGCAUUUGCUCCAAUCCCAUUUGGAGGGAUUUACCUGCCUUUGGAGGUGCCUCCCAACAGGUGCCAUUGCUCACCUCUGGUUCUUGCCUAUGAUCAAGCGCAUUUCUCUGCCCUGGUGUCCAUGGAGCAGAGAGAUCAGCAAAGAGAACAAGCCGUGAUCCCUCUGACGGAUUCGGAGCACAAGCUGCUGCCUCUGCACUUUGCAGUGGACCCCGGGAAGGACUGGGAGUGGGGCAAAGACGACAACGAUAACGCCCGGCUGGCCCACCUGAUCCUGUCGCUAGAAGCCAAGCUGAACCUUCUGCACAGCUACAUGAACGUGACGUGGAUCCGGAUCCCCUCGGAGACCCGGGCCCCUCUGGCACAGCCGGAAUCCCCAACAGCCUCUGUGGGGGAGGACGUGCAGUCCCUGGCCGACUCCCUGGACUCGGACCGCGACUCGGUGUGCAGCAAUUCCAACAGCAAUAAUGGCAAGAAUGGCAAAGACAAAGAGAAAGAGAAGCAACGCAAGGAAAAGGACAAGACCCGCGCAGACUCCGUGGCCAACAAGCUGGGCAGCUUCAGCAAGACGCUGGGCAUCAAGCUGAAGAAAAACAUGGGUGGCCUGGGAGGUCUCGUGCACGGCAAGAUGGGCCGCGCUAACUCCGCCAACGGCAAGAACGGCGACGCCCCCGAGCGCAGCAAGGAGAAGAAGACCAAGUCACGCAAGGGCAGCAAGGAGGAAUCGGGUGCGUCGGCGAGCACGUCUCCGUCGGAAAAGACCACGCCGUCGCCCACGGACAAGGCGGCCGGGGCGUCGCCGGCCGAGAAGGGCGGCGGGCAGCGGGGCGACGCCUGGAAGUACAGCACGGACGUGAAGCUGAGCCUCAACAUCCUGCGCGCCGCCAUGCAGGGCGAGCGCAAGUUCAUUUUCGCCGGCCUGCUGCUCACCAGCCACCGGCACCAGUUCCACGAAGAGAUGAUAGGCUACUACCUGACCAGCGCGCAGGAGCGCUUCAGUGCCGAGCAGGAGCAGCGGCGCCGCGACGCCGCCGCCGCCGCCUCCACGGCGAAGCGGCCGCCGCGCAGGCCUGAGACCGAGGGCGCGCCGGGCUCCGAGCGCGCCUCGCCAGGCCCGCCGGCCGGGCCGCCCACGCAGCUGGUGCUCAAGCUCAAGGAGCGCCCGAGUCCCGGGCCGGCGGCGGGCACGCGGGCGGCGCGGGCGGCGGCGGCGGGCGGCGCGGCCUCCCCGGGCCCGGGCGGCGGCGGCGCGCGACGCGCUGGCGCCAGCGGACCGCUCCCUGGCCGCAGCCCGCCGGCGCCGGCGCGCCAGAGCGUCAUCCACGUGCAGUCGGCGGGCGCGCGGGACGAGGCGUGCGCGCCGACCGUGGGCGUGCUGCGGCCGUGCGCCACGUACCCGCAGCAGAACCGCUCGCUGUCGUCGCAGAGUUACAGCCCGGCGCGCGCCGCCGCCCUGCGCACCGUCAACACGGUCGAGUCGCUGGCGCGCGCCGUGCCCGGCGCCCUGCCCGGCGUGGCGGGGGCGGCCGGCACCGCCGAGCACAAGUCGCAGACCUACACCAACGGCUUCGGCGCCGCGCGCGACGGCCUGGAGUUCGCCGACGCCGACGCGCCGGCUGCCCGCUCGAACGGUGAGUGCGGCCGCGGCGGCCCGGGGCUGGCUCAGCGGCGCUGCCAGCGCGAGAACUGCGCGUUCUACGGGCGCGCCGAGACCGAGCACUACUGCUCCUACUGCUACCGCGAGGAGCUGCGGCGGCGGCGCGAGGCGCGCGGGGCCCGGCCCUGAGUGCGGCGCGCGCUCCGCCAGCUUUUACCAUAAAGGAUUUCUUUUCCAUUCUGUCGGUGUCUUUUUUACAUGCCCUGGUCAACCGGAAGGCCGGCGACUCCUCUGUCAGUGCUGUGUACGUGUUUGGUCAAACGUUCCUAAUGGUGC